CAUUUAAAGAGAAAGGUGCGAUUAAAAUUCAAAUUUUGAAAAUCGAUCAGAGAGAGUGAGAGGAAGAAAAAUGGCAUCGGCUCGAGGAGGGAUGAAAGAUUUCUACAAGCAAAGGAAGAACAGUGGAGUCUCUAAGGUUUCAAAGCCCUCUUCUAGAAAAACCAAAUCUCGGGCCAACUCUGCAACUUUGGACUCCGAUGGCGUUCAACCGGCGGCUCUUAUUUCUCACGGUUCCCUCGAUCUCCGAGAUGAUUAUGGUGAGUCUGAGAAUAUACUGAGGCAAUUUGACAUGAACAUGGCCUAUGGACCUUGCCUUGGAAUGACAAGAAUGGAACGAUGGGAGCUUGCCCGUAAGCUUGGUUUGAACCCUCCAAAAGAAAUUGAGACACUCUUAAAGGGUGGGAAAGUGCAGUUAGAGUGCUUGUGGGCUUCCCGAAUCUAAAGACUGCCCUGCUAGCUAUGUUAUUUUCGGUUAAUGUAUGAAGUUUAUGGUGUGCUUUUGGACAAAAUGUUCAGCCUCUGGCUGAAAUCAUAAAGUGCUCUUGUUUUCCUUUUUCCUUUCUCAUGUUUCUAAAAGAAAUCUGUCUACCUUGUAGCAUUUAAAAUC